CACAUAUAGCUUAAAUACAUAGCCAGAAAUGAAUUUCCGCUUUUUAUUUCGCCGAAGUUUUUUAUUAUCAUUUGUUUUAAUUUAUAUUGGACUUUCAACAUCAUAUAUAGGAUACCUCUUCCUCCGAACAGCAACGAAAAAAGUGACAUUGCAGGCUCCAUCCAUUUCUCCGUCUGGAAGCAAGCUUCAAGCAGAUAAAAAUAAAAAUGCUGAAGGAAACCGAAACACUGUAGUGUAUUCGGCAUUUGUAGAUAUGAUGGAAUCGAGUGGCAAGGAGGAAGAAAAUUAUUAUCCACAUAAAAGAAAGGUUACUUUAAUAGCAUGGCAAAAAAGCAAUGUGAUCAAUGACAAUGUCAAAUGCUGUGUUUUAAACAGUGCUCAAAUUGCAGUUCCAUCGCGAGCAAUAAAGGCAACGCAAUGUUGCUAUAAUAUGGGUUUGAUAAGGGCCAGGCGCGUCGAAUGUGAAAUACAUGGAAUCUACUUAGAUAUCCAAGGAGUAUCACUUGCACAUAUAAAUACAAACUGUUCAAAUAAUGAACAAGAUUACGUCAAACCAACAGUUCUGUCUCCAAACCUAAAGCAAAACAAGUGGGCAAUAUGUAUCAAAUAUAUUUAUGGUCGUGGCCCAAACAGCAGAAAAUUAGUAGAAUGGUUUGAAAUUCAUCGUUCUUUGGGAGUUGAUAAGUUUCUGGUACACUUUGAAUCGACCAUUCAGUCGUCGACAAAAUCAGUGUUACAAUACUAUCAAAUGAAUGGACUCGCUGAAGUUAUGGAAAUCAAUGCUCCUUUUAAAG